CUCCGUCAAUGGAGCCAAGUUGCUCGUCUCUCUUUUCUAGUUUUACGACUUGGUUUGGGGGUCUUUUUUCAUUCGCAUCGGUCCCUUUUUUAUCUUACCCCGACUAUUCCUUACCCCGGUGGAGCGAUGACAUCUGGAACCUGAUUGAUCUAUUUCAAGACAUCGAGCUCGCUCUGCUAUGGAUAAUUGUUUUUUCGCGCAAAUUGAUUAUCCCAGCUCCAUCUGGAGAUGACAGCAAAUUUAAGCCGCAGAGCUUUCUUGGCUAUCUUAAGAAAAAAAACAACGUGAGCUCUCCGUCGGGGCAGCCAUUUGAAUCAUGGACUUUCCCGGCGGGAAUAUCACAAAUGUACAUGUUAUUGACGGAUUCUCCAGCCUACACUGGCGAAUAUACACGGAAGAGCCGGGUAUCACGAAUCACCCCUCGGAGGCUCCAACGAACGGCCAUACUGUCCUCAAGCAUCUCAGUCGCCUCAAGGAUCUUGAACUUCGACUGCGGAAUCUGGGAUGUCUAGUAUCAUGUUAUCCGCGACGCCUUGGCUUAUGGGCCUUUUCCCCGAAUUCGAACUUUGACAGCCUGGCCCCCCUGAACCAGGGUAAUGAUGGGUUAAACCGACUUCAGGUUGGUUCGCUUACGUUGAAAGUUUCGGCUUCGGGAAGUGUUUCGUCCAGGGAGCUGGUAAGGACUCUUUCAACAGAACCCCAGGCCCCAAACGUGAACACAGUGGGAUCGCAAAGGUCGCAGAAUGUGCCUAAUCCACCUAGGAGGAUAGAAGGAUACGGCACGUCAGCAGCCAUCUAUGCAUCAUUCAUCUCUGCAGUCACUGGUGCAAUAAGCCUCCAGUUAAUGCGGCGCCACGGUGCAAUACCCCUUGGGUCACGCACCUUUUUCACUGCCAUUGAGAAAGAUGGCUACGAAACUCGAAUAGCUAAUGAUAGUUACACCGCGAUCCCUUCUUUGAGUACUCUGCACAUUCAGUUGAUGUCUGGUGGAAAAUUAACUGUGGCCUUACAAACAAUAGCCCAGCAUGGCAUGUCGCGACUUCAAAGCCCAAAAAAUGAUCCCGAUGAACUCCGUGACACCCAGCCAGGUCUUGAUAUCUGGCUCUCCCCUAGUGGAACAGUUGCCAGGUUGGUCUCAUUCAAUGCAAGCACGCAGGAUAGCAUCUCUCCAAAUCCCUCUGGAAGUAAUGGCACUUCAGGUCUGGCAGCUGCGAAACGUUCACAAUGGAAACAGAGUGUACUUGAGUGGCUCGGCAAUUUUGGUCUUCUGGUUGAUUCUCAUGAAGAACUGUGGAUUGAAGUCGAAGUCUGGGAACCAUUUUACUCUCGGUUGGCUGGAGAAAUAUUCCGACAGAGUGAAGAAGGUCCGACUGCUUUUCCAUUGAAGCGUAUUCUCUGGCCAGCUAGAUACUGCUUCAGAAGGACUAAAUCAAUAGCAUUGGAUGCAUCCUAUGGGAAACAAGAUUCUUGUCACCUGGCGGAUAGCCCGUUGGGGCUCGCAGAGGAAUGGCACGUAACAGGAAACUUCGUGCAUGACGAAGCUACCUCUAUAGCUCCAUCUGGGGGCUUUCAAGACCAACCCAUGAGGGACUCCGAAAUCUCACCUUCCAAAGCGGAAUUCCCUGAGCCAAUGAAAAGCCUUUCCCGGAUUGCACAGUAUCCCGAUCUUCAAGCAACGAAUCUUGUAUAUCCGACUCCGCCGGACGGAGCUACGGCGAUUUCGUCAGAUAUGUUCGCUGAUCAGCCAGACCUACCAUUGCCUCAAACUCAGCAUCGUGAUCAACAAAAACCAAAGCAAGCAUCGUUCAAAGAGCAAGCUGGUUCUGGUAUCACUAUGGAUUUUGGACCAUCCGCAGGGCUCACAGUUGGGUCUGGGUUAUACGAUAUGAACGGAGAUGAUGACCUCUUUGGGGAAAUGAACGAUCGAGAUUUCGGGACUCGAGGAAUAACAGAUGCCGAUUUUAGCUUCUUUGAUGAUCCAGAUUUUGGGGAUAUGGGAGGAGCACCUGCUACCGAUCACAUUCAGAGCACUCCCAAUAUUGUGGAGACUAACUUGGAGGAAGACGAUGAACAGCCAAGCCCUGACGUUCCCCUUCCGGAUAAUCAUGCGGUGACAACUGCUGAAGAGAUGAAUGUGCCUCAGACUAAUGUUGCAGAACAGGAGGCAGAGAUUCCCUCAAAACGGGAAAUUUCAGAGAUUCGCAUGUCGUCACCCCGGGAAGAAAGUAGUCAACCAAUCAGUCCUCCUCUCAGCCCCGUCGAAGUAAAGAAGAUCCUCUUUUCAGGACCAGACGAUGGAGAUCAGUCAAAUGUCAAGCGAGAAAGAAAGCAGAGUCAUUUUACCCCAGUAUCUUUCAAGCAGAACAUAGGCGAUUGGAACCAAAAGUAUGGAGCGGAAGGUAGAUUCUGGUUCUCAGCUCCAGGGACGAGUACUGCCAUGGAGUCUGUCAAUCCUCCAAGCGAUAUCCCAACCAUCGGACUUCCUCGCCGCAGUGGCAAGGCUGCGGUAAAAUUCGAUAACCCGACGAAGGUUACGGGUGAACGGGAUGCUUUAUCAGGCGGCCCAAAGGGAAGCUUACAUUCUACUUCGGAUUCGAGCAGUAUCUCCAGCGAUGAUGAUGACAGCGAUGAGGUCAUGUCAGAGAGGGAACCAUCUCCUGUUAACCUGACACGCAAGAGGAAACGCGCUCAAUCAAACACCAGCGGUUCAAUAACACAAGUUCUAGACAACCCUUUGAUAGAGAACGCUCAAUUGGUCUCUGCGAACAAGGCAGAGAAUUCAACAUUUCUGGGUAAUCUUCUCUCGACAUUUUCUGACUGGUCUUUAUUGGGGUAUUUCUCCGUCUCGCAAAAUCAGCACCCACCUACAAUCUCUCAGAAGGACGAACAGAUUCAGGUUGCUCAGUUGCUAGUUGACCAGAUUACGCAGUCAUCACUUGACCAUGUAUUUGAUGGGCAAGUCGGUCUCUCCGGGCUGGACAACGAGAUGUAUCCUCUCCGCAACAUCCUCGAGGAUACGGUGUUCACGGAUGAAGUUGACAGGUUAGACCUAAAAAGCUAUGCGUCACUGCAAAAUGGCUCGUCACCACCGUCAUCAGAAGGCCUGACACCCCGCCAACUGCCACAGCGGAAAGAGGCUGCAAAGGGUGCAAUAUCAAAAUUAUUACCACCGCACCUGCGCAUCCGCCGUGGAAAAGGCUAUCUAGAAGCUCUUCCGCCCGCAGUUUCCUUCUGGGAAACGUUUGACUUGGAGCCUGCACACGGACCAAAGGACAUAUCGGCAUACUGCAUCCAUCCCCGGGCUACGACAGAUGCAGCAGACGCGUUUUUGGAACGAUUGGGAUUACUUUACUCAGCCUGCAAUCUUGGUAACCAUGCGCGAGGGGACAUGUGCUUUGAACGUGGGUUGGGCUCAUGGAACACGGAGACGUCCAACUAUCUUUCCACGGUGCAGUCCUUAAGGGAUUUGUGCGAGGAGCUAGGAAACGCCCUUUCGGGCAGUCAGCCAAGGACUGAGAACUUUGUUGUCUACGUGAUCAAUCCGUUCACGCAUGCCGCAGCAUUGGCCGAUAUCUGCGCUGCUUUCUGGCAACUAUUUCAGAAAUACAUCAUGGGUACCGAUAAACAGCAGGUCGGGAAACUCAACGAGCUUGUACUACAAAUUAUUCCUAUCAGCUUCGUCAUGUCUCCAGAAUCCAUAGUUGUGCCGUCGCAGUCAGACUAUUUGAGCCUAGCUCUAGAAGUAUACAGUCGAUGUCCACCAAAAGAUUCGGAAUCAAAUCUCGUCCAUUGUGCUCCACCGGUGCUUCUCACAGAGUCCGCACCGAAGGCAAUCAGCUUCAAGCUUGUCCCGGAGAGACUGUCACCACUGCAGGAUGGAAAGAGUCUUCAUAUUGCCUGCUCGCGGAGUCUUGAUCAACGCUGGAUUACCGUGGCCUGGUCCGAUAACACUGGAGCUCUUCAGCGAAUGAUGUCUUACUGCCUGCGUUACCGAAAUUCAGGCACUGCUCGAGGCAUCUCCGACGUGCGCAACGAGAUAUGGGGGACCACGCAAACUAUCAUGGAUAGAAUAAAGGCUAGGUGGAGAAUUAUCAUCGUGAAUACUGAACCUGUGGAUCAGGACGAGCUUGACACCUGGACAAAUCUGGCUGAGCAGCACAACAAAUCAAAGCCAAUCCCAUUGGAGUUGAUGAUAUUACAUGUCAACGCGAUUACCGACUUUUCUCUCGAACCUCCAUCCCUACUAAUACCCACGAGUGUGUUCAAUGCGCAGGCUUCAUCAACCCCCGUUGCCACACCCGGUCCUAUUGUGGCAUCACCAGACCAAUAUGGAAAUGCGCCAACGCCCACUAACGGUGGUAAUGCACCUAUGUCGGCCACUACGCCCGAUUUCCAACCCGAAUCAGAAUCAGAUUUCUUCCUCACCGAUAUCCGUGAUGAAUCGUGGAAUGUAAUUCUGUCACAUCGUCUGAAUAGCUCCCCUCAUCUGACAGAGUACCGCCCUGCGCUUGCCAGCGGAUAUUUGCUUCGUCGAAAAGGACCUACCGACGGUGAUGGAGUGUUCGCAACAAACGUGAAUUUGAUUCAUUCUCAGCGUCCAACGUCGUCACAUGAAACCCUCCUUAAAGAGAUACUCGGGAUGUACCACGAUCUGGCAAUACUUGCGCGGGCCAGAGGCACACGAUGUGUGCAACGGAAUACACUACCUUGGCAUAUUGCCACUGCUGUCAGGGCACAGCAGCUUUUGAGUUAUGUUUUUUGAUCCCCAGGGAAGGGCUUUUUGUGUGGGGCGUUUUCGGGUGCAUCUUUUGUUUGUUUAUUUUCUUUCUUGUAUUACUUUGUGUAUAUACAUGGAUUUUUGUUGUCAAGGCUGGAUAUACCAUUCUGCAUGUUGUUUUGUUUAUUUUCUAAUUAGUUGUCGAUGUGCAUCCAAAAUUGCAUUAAUGUCACAGGAUUUAUCAAGGUGC